UCCUACAUGUAAAGAGCACAAAGAAGCAUGCAAACCGAAUUUCAUUUCUUGAACGUUCUAGUGUUUCGUCCAACUCUUCUAGUCAAUCAGAAUUCAAAAAGCUCAGCAGCUUCCAGAACACAUCACAAAUUCUCAUAAUCUCACCCCCUUCCUAUCCAAUUUUUCCAUUACAACACAAACUCUCCUCUGCGUUUCCUUCAUUUUCUUGCGUUCUCUCUUUCGCAUUCUCUGUUUUGCAACAAUGAGUCGACACCCAUCUGUCAAGUGGGCUCAGAGUUCUGACAAAGUCUAUGUAACAAUUGAGUUACCUGAUGCCAAGGAUGUAAAGUUGAAGCUUGAACCUGAAGGAAAAAUGGCUUUUUCAGCUGUAAAAAAUGCCCAUCCUUAUGAAUUUGAUAUCGAGUUGUUGGAUAAGAUCAAUGUAGAGGAGAGCAAGUACAACAUCGGGGUUAGACAGAUAGAGUAUGUCAUUGAGAAGGCCGAGAAGAGAUGGUGGAGCAGGCUGAUAAAGCAGGAAGGGAAUCCUCCAAUAUUUCUUAAGGUUGACUGGGAUAAAUGGGUCGAUGAAAAUGAAGAGAAUAAAAAUGGUUCUGACUUGGGCGGCCUGUCUCUCUCGUCUGUUAUGCAGCAACUGAUGGCUGGGGACAUUGCUGGGGCCGGGUGUCAUUCCUCUGAUAUUUCUGAUUCAACUGAUGAAAAAGAAGACAAACCAAAGGAGAAUGAAGAAACGGCAAAAAAUGAAUCUGUGGCAGCAGCUGAAGAGGCUAAGGCAAAGGAAGAACCCAUUGAACCAGUGGAUGAAAAGGCUAAGGCAAAGGAAGAACCCAUUGAACCAGUGGAUGAAAAGGCUAAGGGUUGAUUGCAUUAAAAACCAAUAGUGAUGAAACAUUGCAGCUUCAUUGCAUUAAAAUGUAAAGUUUUUCAUUUUUGUUGGAUUAGGUAGACAUGAUUAGCAUACUGUGUUGUGUGUUCUUUGCAUGUUGGUCAUUCGUAGGAGUAAAUAUUCUAAGCUAGUAGUUGACCAUAAUCGAAUGGUAAUAAAAUCAUAAGGGAUAACCAGAAACUUGAUAAA